AUGUCGGAUUCCAAGAGGAAGCAGCCCAGUUCUGGAGGCGGCAAUGCCCACCCGGCAAAGAGAAGCAAGGGCGGCAAAGGUGCAGGUGCAUGGCAAACGCCGCAACACAAGGCCAAGGUUGCCAGCCUCCAGGACAAGGGCGUGACCCUUGGCGUUGGAGACAAGGGCAUCUGGGUCACAUUUGCAAGAGGCAUGGACGGGAAAGCAAUUAGCGAGUUCAACACGCUCUGCGAUGAGUAUGGCAAAACGCUGUAUGGUAUAGUCCCUCCUGGCGACGAGGUCGAAUCAGACAACGAUGACGAGGACAUCGAGGCCUCCAUCAAGAAGGAGCUCGAGGGCAUCAAUGCCGAUAGCAAAAGCAAGUCUAAGCGCAAUUUCAAGGCUAUCAAGGCUGGAAUUGAGUGUGUCUUCUUCAUGAAGACGAGAGAUCCUGUUGAUCCUGUUGAGCUCUGCCGCCGGAUUUGUCAAGACGCCAGCGUUUGCAUCGAUCUGAAGGAGCGUAAGACCAAGUACAUCAACCGGCUGACACCAGUUACUUUUGUCGACAAAGCCUCAGAGAACGGCGUCGCGAGAGUGGCCAGGAAGGCUCUGGCAGCACACUUUGAGUUGACGAUGGAGGACGCUUCCGAGGUCACGGAUGGCGAGGUUAAGGGGAGUUCAGGGAAUACGAGGGCCGAAGGAGAGGAAGUUAAAGAAUCGGAGAUUACUGCGGCAGAAGAGCCAAAGGAUGGCGAAAAGCCAGCUUUCACGUACGCCAUCCGGCCUUCGAUACGCAGCAAUAGCUCACUCGACCGUGACGAGCUCAUCAAGCAAAUCGCCAAGACCGUCAAGCCGCGACACAAAGUCAACCUCACAAACCCCGAUAAGGUUGUGCUAGUUGAUAGCUUCUGCGGCAUGAGUGUCAUUGAGAGCAGCGACUGGGAUGGGCUAAAGAAGCUCAAUGUCAACGAGCUGUACAAAGCAUCCCCCGGGGCGAACCCAAAGGAUCCUGCUACGAAAGCGGAGAAGGCAGUGUAA